CUCCGUAUUAAAGUGAUGCUAUAAAGUAUACGGCGUAUUAUUACAGUUAUUAUAAAAAUGUGACGUUGCUGAUCUUCAAGAUUCUGAUCUGAUAGAUAUAUCUUUGUCUCCUCCAAUCUCCCUCCUUUCUCUUUAUUUCCCCCCACUUUCAAAGAUUGUAUCUUUGGCGUAUCUCUUCCCUAUUUUUUAUUAUCAUUAACUCCCACCAACAGAAUAUCUUUCUCACCUCCCACCUCUCUCACAUCUAUAUAUAUUUCUUCUCUGCUCUUUUAUUCACCAUUUCCAUUUUGACUAACUCACAACCAUAACAACUCUCUCUGAUCUGCACUCAAAAAUGUCUUCCUCCUCCUCAUCCUCUUCUUCAUCAGAUCAACCAAAGUUCCAUGUCCUAGCUGUUGAUGAUAGCAUCAUUGAUCGAAAGCUCAUCGAAAGGCUCCUCAAAACCUGCUCUUAUCAAGUGACGGUGGUUGAAUCUGGAAUAAAAGCGAUGGAGUUUCUGGGAGAGAAGAUAGACGAAGUGAAUUUGAUAAUAACAGACUACAGCAUGCCUGGAAUGACAGGGUAUGAGUUGUUGAGGAAGGUGAAAGGCUGUUCUUCGCUGAAGGACAUCCCGGUGGUGAUUAUGUCGUCGGAGGAUCUUCCUUCCCGGAUCGACAUGUGUCUGGAGGACGGCGCGGAGGAGUUCUUCGUCAAGCCAGUCCGCCAAUCGGACGUUAACAGGCUCAGAUCUCACCUUCUGCGGCCUAAAUCUGCGCCGGCAUCUUCUCCUCCGACUUCAUUGAUCAGUCGGAAAAGAAAAGCGGCCGCCGUAGCCGGCGUGGAAGAACAUUAUGGCUUUCCAUCGCCAUCCCCGGCAAUGAAGCUCAGCAGAAUAUGAGUGGAGUGGGUUAGAUUUUGUGGACCAUUCAAAUCCACCAGAAAGGAGUGGGUGGACGAAUUGGGUUCAUCUGACAGGUGGUGGGCCGGGCCGGUCUCAACAUAAUCAGAAAUCACGAGAUGCUUAAGAAUCAAGAUCGUCUAUGAGCAGCCCACGACAGUCAUAAUAUAGAUUUAUAAUUCUGGAAUUUUUUAAAUUAUUAUGGAUUGAGUUAUACGAAGUACUUAAUUACAUAUGUGUAUGAUGCUUUAGACUUGGAAUACUUUUUGAAAUGAUUUUUAGGGAAUGUAGUUAAAUUAAUACGGAGUACUUUGUAUUGGAUCGUAAAUUAAUGAACCAAUCAGCUUCCUAAUUAUAUGCGUAUUUGAUCAUGUU